AUGGAUACUAUCUCUACCCCCUCGAGCUCGGCGGACACAAGCCAUCUCCUACUCGCUGCGAGCAAUUCCCUCACCACCGAAGCCCUCGUGACCCGCGACCCCAGCAGGCUCCGAGCUGCCCUAGCCCUCGCCAUCACCGCCUCUCACCAUGGCCAAUCUGCGGGUCACUCCUCCUUGCCGCCCUCCGCCUACCAUUACAUGUCUCGCCUGCGAUUCGAGCACUUCCUUAUCACCCAAAACGCUCACGACCUUCUUGAGGCCAUUGCCCAGCUCGAAGCCCCUGCGGCCACCCCACUGCCCCCCGCUCUUGAAAGAGCGCUGUCGGACUACUACACUAAUCUCUUCUCGUUGACAGACACAGCACAGCUCGUCUUUCCCGCCAUCGACCACGGGUAUCUAGCGCUGCGGUGCACGUCCCCGGAGCAUCCCAGCUACAGGAGGCGACUGCAGACGCUGGCAUUCUUCCACCACCAGCGCUGGCGCGGGUAUGCCGUGGAGGUGGGUGAUUUAGAAACGGAUCCCGCCCAGGAUCUCAACCUCGCCAUCAAGAUUGCUGGGGCGGCGCUGAACAUGAAAAAGAAGCCGGGAAGGAGUCGCCGUGAGGUGUUGGAAGCUAUCAGGAUGCACACGGGUAAAGGCGUAUCCGGGAGGCCGCUGGUCAAUGCCGAGGAGGAGGAGCAGGAGGAGGAGGAGGAGGAGGAGGAGGAGGAGGAGGAUGCCGGCGCUCUCUGUCGCAACCUCAGAAUUAACCUAGGAAUCUAUCACAGCGAGCGCUAUAAUCUCCGCAAGUCCCCCACCGACCUCGAUAUGGCCAUCGCCUAUGCGGAGGAGGUGCUCGCCGAGCUUAGCAAGAGCAAUUGUAACUCCGAUGAUAGUAACAAUAUCGACUCCGGGACCCGCUUCAUUCUCGGCGGGCUCCUCACCAAGCGCUACCAACUAACCAAGGACCCCAACGACCUCACCGCGGCUAUUGAGCUGAUUACCGAUGCGAAGAACUCCGUCCCCAGCAACCACCCCAACGCCAUCACAUACCUGUGGGACCUGUGCAAGAUGCUCAGAGAGCGGUAUAAGCGCUUAAAGUGUGAGGACGACCUGCAUACUGCCCUUGGGCACGCCACGGCCUUGACUAGGCUUACCGACCCGUUGUGGGAGUCAUGGGCCGAUCUCCUUCUGCUCACUGCUUUGUUCCUGGGGCAGCGGUUCGAACUGAAGGGGGAGCGGGGAGACAUCGACACGGCGAUAGACAUGUGUAGAGAUGGCCUGGAGAUGGCGAGAAAAACCGAGGUGGAGUACAGAAGGGGGGAUCUGCUCAGGCGACUGCUCCACAAGCGCUUUCACCGGUUUGGAGAUGUGGCGGAUCUGGACAGUGCUAUCGAUGAUGCGGAGACCGAGCUGUCGAAGCUCGUGCCGGGGAGCGAUGAGCACAGGAUGCUCCAGAUGGAGCUACGGGGACAUGAGUAUGAGAGGAGGAAUCGGUGGGGCCCUGCAGGACGGGCCGAAGGGGAGGAUGAUUACAGAAAGCUACAGCAGGAGGCCGCAGAUCUAGCUGGAUCCCGGAACGCUGGCGUGCUCGGAGGCCUGGCUGCUCGAUUCUUUGCUCGCUGGCAAAACACGCACGACCCCGAGGCCCUCCGCAUGGCAGUAGCAUUUGGCCGCUCUGCGGCCGAGGCCAACGACGAGGCGUAUCAGGCGGCGGAGGAGGAGGGGGAGGGAGGAGGGGACCGGCGAGGGCGAGGGCGAGGGCCAGGGCCUUAUACCUCGAUUUACGGCAGUCUGGGCACCUACCUCGAGGUGCAGUCCCAACACCUCACCUCCCUCGACGACCUUGAGGAAGCAAUCGAGCUGACCGCCAGGGAGAUGAGUCUCACGCCGGACGACCCGCACACACUGAUGGGCCUGACCACCAAGCUCAUCCACCGCUACGAGCACACCAGCGCAGAGUUCGACCUCGAGGCAGCCAUCGCCACCAGUAAUGUCGCCGCCGCCUGCGCCCCUGCACCCCAUCCGCUCCGCCCCUCAGUUCUCCUGGCCCUCAGUCAAGCCUUGGGGCUGCGUUACGAGCGGACCAGCGACUCGGCCGACCUCGAGAGCGCAAUCACAGCGGCCAAGGAGGCACUUGACCUCACGCCGCCGGGCGGAUUCUCCCGUGUCGGCCUCAUGGUGGGCAUCGGGGAGCUCAUUGGACUGCGCUACGAUAGCACAGAUGCCGUACGUGACCUCAACCUCACAGUGGAGCUUGCGGAGGCCGCGGUGAAGGCCUGUCCGCCCGAUCGUCCCGAGUACGCCGGCCUCCUCAUUAGCCAGGGCUUCCGCUGUCUCAAGCUUUACAGACGGCUGAACAAACUCGACGACCUCAAAAAGGCGCAGGCACUGAUGGAGAAAUCACUUGCCCAGAUGCACUCGAACAACCCCUGGCGCACCAAGGCGCUUUUCCACUUGAACGUUAUCCAUCUCCUCCUGCACCGAGAGACCAACGACCCCGCGCACCUGGCCCUGGCCAUCGAGAUGAAUGAGCUCUGCGCAGAGACAAUGCCCCCGGGACACCUGAAGCACGCCGAGCUCAAUCUCAUGCUGGCUAGGGCCCGUCUAGCGCUAUAUGAGGAUCACACACAUGACGAUGGGGACCUGGCGCUCGCGAUAGAAUGCGCCGAGAUGGCGGUCGAGGCGUCGGUGCCGACGCUGGGUGCGGAUGCCCACCUGACCCUGGCAGCGUGCCUGAUGGCUCCCAACAUCGAGGAAGAGGGCCUUCGUGCAGCGCAGGCAUACAUCAAAGGGUGGGAGAGCGUGCUCUCACGCCCCAGGACGCGGGUGUACUGUGCUAGACAGGCGGCGGCAUUGUUGGCGAUGAGCAGUAUGUGGGAGGAGGCCAGCAAGAUGGCCGACGAAGCGGUGAUGCUCCUUCCAAGGAUGAAUCCGCGGUCAAUGGAGCGCGGCGACCAGCAGGAGGCGUUGAAGAGUGUGGCCGGCAUUGGGGCCGUUGCGGCGACGUUGGCACUGCAGGCGGACAGAGGGGCCGGCCAUGCGCUGAGGAUGCUCGAGUUUGGGAGAGGCGUUAUGCUUGGGUACACCAUUGAUAACCGCAGUGACAUGUCGGACCUGCGCACAAGCCACCCUGAGCUGGCGGACAGGUUUGAGAAGCUGCGACGGGCUCUGGACUCGCCGGUGCAGGACGAGUCUGAGCAGGAGCUGGGGACACUCCUGGCCGCAGCUGGGGGGCGGCGUUAUUAUGGCACGCCGAGGCGACAGAGGCUGGUGAACGGCAUGGAUGAAUUGUUGGGGGAGAUCAGGGGCAUCGAGGGCCACGAGGGAUUCCUACUACCACCAGGGGAGGAGACGAUGAUGAAGCUGGCAGAGUCUGGGCCGGUGGUGGUGGUGAACCCGGGUUUCAGGAACGAUGCCAUAAUCAUCACCACCGCGGGGAUCAAAUCAAUCGCUCUCCCCAAGCUGGACGAGGAGGGGCUAGACAGUAUAGCACGCCGUCUCGAGGAGAUGCGGGGGCUGGUCGAAGGGCCCAUCGCCACAUAUAAAGAUCGGAACGAGAAGAUGGGGCCCUUCCUCCUCUGGCUCUGGGAUGCCGUGGUCGAGCCAACCCUGGAGGAGCUCCAGAUUCAUGCCCCGUCGCCAGAGAUCGAAUCGAAUGCCGCACUCCUCCCGCACAUAUGGUGGAUUGGUGUCGGCGCGCUGAGCAGCGCGCCGUUCCAUGCCGCCGGCGACCAUUCCCCCGGCUCAAACAGAAACACCAUAAGCCGUGUGGUCUCAUCGUAUAUCCCAACUCUCAAGGCACUUUCAUACGCCCGUCAGAAGGCGCCCACUGCCACAAGCCUGACUGACAACGAGAAGGACGAGAAGAAGAAGAACCCUGAUUCGCAGCACAGCCUCCUUCUAGUCACAAUGGACACCACUCCCGGUGAAGGCCAGCUCAAAAAAGUGACGAAGGAGGCGGCAAACCUCAAAGUCAUCGCAGAGGGAGCGGGUGCAAAGGCCACGGUGCUUCCACAGCCGAGUGCAUCACGCGUACUGGACGAGCUCCAACGCUACGACGUAAUGCAUUUUGCAUGUCACGGGGUCACCGACAGCGCAGACCCGUCCAAGAGCGCUCUGUUGCUACUGAGCGAGGAUGGCAAGAGCGUGAGUAGAUUACUGGUGGAGAAGGUGGCUGCUAUCAAUUCAUUGAGGGCAUGGCUGGCGUAUCUGUCGGCGUGCAAAACGGCGGACAGCGGCGAGGCGGUGGAGCUGGCGGAUGAAAGCAUACACCUGGCGGGGGCGUUCCAGUUGGCGGGUUUUGCGCAUGUGGUGGCGACGAUGUGGACGGGGGGCGACAGGGCGUGUAUGGAGGUGGCAGAAGACUUUUAUAAAGGGUUGUAUCGCGUAGGGGGGCAUGGGAACGUGGGUAGGGAGGUUCAUGCGGCGGUGAGGAAGUUGAGGGAGAAGAAACCGGGAAAGUAUUUGCAGUGGGCGCCGUUCAUUCAUACGGGUCCGUAG